AUGUAUAUGCCUGUGGCUACCUCAGCCACACCGCGGGGUGGAUUGCCUGCUGACAGUGGGGACUCUGUUGUGGCAUUAGCUCAAGUUCCGCGAUGGAAUGAUGCUGAUCAGUGCCUGGGGUUUGAAACCUCAUUUUCUAGUUCACAUUUUCCUGAUCCUCUAGCGUUGCCCUUGGGAUCAGACAGUGGUGAUGGCAGCGAGUCAGUGUCGAAAUUUCCGGUUGACCGUGAAGUCAAUUCAAAGAUAUAUUUGUGGCGGGGGAAUCCCUGGAAUCUUGAAGUAGAUGCGGUGGUAAAUUCAACAAAUGAGGUGAGCACUAUACGGCUUUGUUUUAGUAUUGUCGGGUUGUUUGAGUUAACUGUGUAG